CAGGGCAUAGAACCUCUCUUAUAAGUCAGAGUCUUCUGGAAGAGAAGAGAAACCUGACAGAAUUUUUUUAAAGUACCAAGACUUGAAGUAAUCCAUGCACAUGGCGUCAAUAAGGUGCUCAUUCAGGUGGAUCAAGCCCUUGGCCGCAGAUUCCUGGUCACUUAUACUUAUCCUCUUUUCUGUACAACAUGUAUAUGGGAGUGGAAAGAAGUUUGUGGGUCCUUGCGGAGGAAGAGAUUGCUCAGUGUGCCAGUGCUUUCAUGAAAAAGGGUCUCGGGGUCAACCAGGACCACUGGGGCCACAAGGUCCUAUUGGACCCCUGGGACUGCCGGGACCCAUUGGCAUUCCAGGAGAGAAAGGGAUGAGAGGUGACAGUGGUCCUCCUGGGGCAGCAGGUGACAAAGGUGAUAAGGGUCCAACUGGUGUUCCUGGAUUUCCAGGUUUGGAUGGCAUACCUGGGCACCCAGGGCCUCCUGGAUCCAGAGGCAAGCCUGGCAUGCACGGCUAUAAUGGUUCACGAGGUGAUCCAGGGUUUCCAGGAGAGAGAGGAGUUCCUGGCCCAGGAGGCUCCCCAGGCCUUCCUGGGGAAAGUGGAGAAAAAGGAAAUUCAGUGUUCAUUUUAGGUGCCAUUAAAGGUAUUCAGGGCAACAGAGGGGACCCAGGACCUCCUGGCUUGCCGGGAUUGAGGGGGGCAAGAGGACCGGCGGGCCCAAUGGGACAUCCGGGAGAGCCCGGGUUAGCCGGUGCUCCAGGCCAUCCUGGGAGACCGGGCUUGAAGGGUAAUCCUGGCGUGGGAGUCAAGGGGCAAAUGGGAGACCCGGGCAUAAAAGGAAUGCCUGGCAUGACUGGACCUCCAGGACCACCGGGACCCAAGGGAGAACCUGGAAUUGGGGCAAAAGGAGAGAAGGGUAUCCCUGGGUUCUCAGGACCUCGGGGUGAUCCCGGUUCCUAUGGAUCUCCAGGUUUUCCAGGAGUAAAGGGGGAACCAGGACUAUUUGGAGAGCCUGGAUCAUUUGGAUUUCUUGGCCCAAAGGGGGAUCCCGGAGACCGUGGGUACCCAGGACCACCAGGGGUUUUGGUAACUCCAUCUCUUCCACUCAAAGGCCCUCCAGGGGAUCCGGGGCACCCUGGCCGCUACGGAGAAACGGGGUCUGUUGGACCACCUGGUCCUCCCGGCCCCUCCGGUCCACCAGGGGAGGACUGUGCAGGCGUGAUGGGACCUCCUGGGCCAAGAGGGCUUCCUGGUCAUCCGGGAUUUCCAGGGGCAGCUGGUAUCCCUGGGAGAGCUGAAUCCAGUCCAGGAAAGCCAGGGAACCCGGGACCACCCGGGUUGCCUGGAGCCCCAGGGCUGCAGGGACCUCCGGGAUCAGAUGUUAUAUAUUGUAGUGUUGGACACCCUGGACCACAAGGAAUAAAAGGCAAAGUGGGUCCUCCAGGAAGAAGAGGCUCAAAAGGAGAAAAAGGAAACACGGGGCUCUGUGCCUGUGAGCCCGGUCCCAUGGGCCCACCAGGACCUCCAGGACUUCCUGGGAGGCAGGGUAGUAAGGGAGACUUGGGGCUCCCUGGGUGGCUUGGAGAGAAAGGUCACCCAGGCCCUCCUGGAGCUGAAGGAUCUCCAGGACCACCAGGGAAACAUGGUGCCUCAGGACCACCUGGCAGCAAAGGAGAAAAGGGUGACGUGGUUGUAUCAAGAGUGAAAGGGCAGAAAGGAGAAAGAGGUCUUGAUGGGCUCCCAGGAUUUCCAGGACAAGAGGGACAACAUGGUCAGGAUGGACUUCCUGGAAAAAAGGGGGAUCCAGGCCCCCCAGGGGAUCAUGAAGACGCAUUACCAGGUGAUGAAGGGUCUCCUGGACCGCCGGGCCUCCCAGGCAGAGCAGGACCUAGGGGACAACCAGGUCUGGGAUUUCCCGGCCCACCAGGAGAGAGAGGGCCACCAGGAGCUCCAGGCCGCCCUGGCGAGAGGGGCCUUGAGGGCUUGAAGGGUCAGAAAGGCGAUACAAUUUCUUGUAACGUCACUUACCCUGGGAGGCCAGGGCCCCCAGGAUUUGAUGGGCCUCCAGGACCAAAGGGAUUUCCAGGUCCUCGGGGCACUCCGGGGUUGAGGUGUUUGGAUGGGCAAAAAGGUCAGCGUGGCAAACCAGGAAUAUCAGAAAUACCUGGUCCACCUGGGUUUCGUGGUGACAUGGGCGAUCCAGGUUUUGGAGGUGGAAAGGGGUCCUCCGUUCUCGGGCCCCCAGGCUCACCUGGUUCUCGUGGAGCAAAUGGUCAGAAAGGAGUCAUGGGAGACACUGCCUAUGGCCAACCAGGUGCCCCAGGCAAGAGAGGUCUUUCAGGAGUGCCAGGGUCAAAAGGACACAGAGGUGACCCGGGACGUCCAGGCUUUUCAGGGCCAGCUGGCAGGCCGGGAUUCCCAGGUCUCAAAGGCCCCAGAGGCAGAGAGGGAAGUGCUGGGUUUCCAGGAAUCCCAGGUCCACCUGGUCAGUCCUGCAAAGGAGGCGCCCCAGGGAUAGCAGGACCACCGGGAGUCCCCGGGGCUCCAGGCAGGCCAGGUGCCCCAGGUUGGAAAGGACAGAGAGGGGAUAUGGGGCCUCCUGGUCCAUCUGGAAUGAAGGGCCUCCCAGGAGUUCCAGGACGGCCAGGGGCACAUGGUCCCUUAGGACUCCCAGGUGUCCCAGGCCCUUCAGGGGAUGAUGGACUGCCUGGUCUUCCAGGCCCAAAGGGAUCCCAGGGGCUGCCUGGCUUCCCCGGUUUUCCGGGGCAAAGAGGAAAGCCUGGCCCCGAAGGACGUGCUGGCCGUAAGGGGGACCCGGGAGAAGACGGUCGGCCUGGCUUCCUCGGAGACCGUGGGGUGAAAGGUGCCAAAGGGGAGAGAGGACCCCCAGGAGAUGAAGGAGAGAUGGCUAUCAUUUCCCAAAAGGGGAAAACUGGGGAACCCGGACCUCCAGGAGAUGGUGGAUUCCCAGGAGAAGAAGGUGAUAAAGGCGAUCCUGGGAUGCAGGGGAGGAAAGGAGAGCCGGGAAGACACGGAGCACCCGGAUUUCACAGAGGGGAGCCUGGUAGAACUGGGCAGCCAGGGCUUCCCGGCUCCCCAGGCCCCCCAGGCUCCCCUGGGCCAAGAGGGAUUAUUGGUUUUCCGGGAUUUCCAGGUGACCAGGGUGAGCCAGGUUCUCCAGGGUCCCCCGGACGUUCAGGAAUUGAUGGAAUGAGAGGACCUAAAGGAGACAAAGGUGACCCUGCAAGUCAGUUUGGCUCACCUGGUCCAAAGGGUGAACCAGGUAGCCUUGGAUGUCCAGGUCCCUCCGGGUCACCCGGUCUGAACGGCUUGCAUGGCUUAAAGGGUCAGAAAGGAGCCAAAGGCACUUCAGGUUUGCACGACGUGGGCCCACCUGGUCCAGUGGGCGUACCCGGGCUGAAAGGGGAGACGGGAGACCCUGGGAGCCCGGGAAUUUCUCCCCCAGGCCUUUCUGGAGGAAGAGGUCCCCCCGGCCCCCCAGGGAGACCUGGAUCCCCUGGUCCUGCAGGUGCCACAGGAAGAGCUCCUAAAGGGGACAUUCCUGACCCAGGUCCCCCCGGAGAUCAGGGAACUCCUGGCCCCGACGGUCCAAGAGGAGUGCCCGGGCCCCCAGGCCCCCCUGGGAGUGUCGACCUUCUGAAAGGGGAACCAGGAGACUGUGGUCUGCCGGGGCCUCCUGGUCCCCCGGGCCCACCCGGCCCUCCAGGACACAAAGGCUUCCCAGGAUGUGAUGGAAAAGAUGGCCAGAAAGGACCAAUAGGAUUCCCAGGGCUGCAGGGGCCACAAGGACUUCCUGGGCUCCCCGGGGAGAAGGGUUUACCUGGCAUUCCAGGCAGACAAGGGCAACCCGGUCUUCCAGGUCCCAGAGGUGAACCAGGGCCACCUGCCGAUGUGGAGUCCUGCCCCCGAAUCCCUGGACUUCCCGGGGUACCAGGCCCAAGAGGACCAGAAGGAGCCAUGGGGGUCCCUGGAGCAAGAGGGCCUCCAGGACCAGGGUGCAAAGGAGAGUCUGGGCCGGAUGGCAGGAGGGGUGAGGAUGGACUCCCAGGGUCCCCUGGGCCUCCUGGAAGCAAAGGGGACGCGGGAGAAGCCGGCUGCCCUGGAGUACCAGGCCCUCCUGGGCCCAUUGGGGACCCUGGGCCCAAAGGGUUUGGGCCUGGAUACCUCAGUGGCUUCCUCCUGGUUCUCCACAGUCAGACGGAUGGCGAACCCGCCUGCCCCGCGGGCAUGCCCAGGCUCUGGACGGGCUACAGCCUCUUAUACCUGGAAGGACAGGAGAAGGCGCACAAUCAAGACCUUGGGCUGGCAGGGUCUUGCCUCCCCAUGUUUAGCACGCUGCCCUUCGCCUACUGCAACAUCCACCAAGUGUGCCACUACGGCCAGAGGAACGACCGGUCCUACUGGCUGGCGAGCGCCGCGCCGCUGCCCGGGACGCCGCUGUCGGAGGAGGAGAUCCGCCCCUACAUCAGCCGCUGUGCGGUGUGCGAGGCCCCGGCGCCCGUGGUGGCUCUGCACAGCCAGGACCAGUCCAUCCCCCCGUGCCCGCGGACCUGGAGGAGCCUGUGGAUCGGGUACUCGUUCCUGAUGCACACAGGGGCUGGGGACCAGGGAGGAGGGCAGGCCCUCAUGUCCCCUGGCAGCUGUCUGGAAGAUUUCCGAGCCGCACCGUUCCUCGAAUGCCAAGGCAGGCAGGGAACUUGCCACUUUUUUGCAAACGAGUAUAGCUUCUGGCUGACGACAGUGAGACCUGACUUGCAGUUUUCCUCGGCGCCCUCGCCAGACACCUUAAAAGAGAGCCAGGCCCAGCGCCAGAGGAUCAGCAGGUGCCAGGUGUGCAUGAAGCACAGCUAGAGAACCCACAGCUGGCCAACAUGUGGCCAGGAGAAACUUCCUCGGGGCCCCCGGGGGGCCCAGGCUGCGCUAAGAGAUUAAUGGUGCUCAUUUCAGACUCCGGGUUCAGCUGCCCCUUCCGUGUAUGUGGUUUUUCCCACUGACCUCUCAUCCCUUCCUCUGUUCGGGGCAGAUUAAGCAAAUGCUCCUCGUAUGGAUUUGUUUGGACCUACCAAUCUUGAUGAAACCCAGAUAUCCUUAUGUUUUUGAGGAUGAUGGAAGAGCCAGCUUUAUUUAAAAUGAUGCUAAUUCACAGGAAGGCAAAGAGAUGAUAAAGGCCAGAUUACAAAUUACAUUACUGAGAACUUCACUCAUUGGUUAAUAGCACCUCAAACAAUUGAAGUCAAUUACUCUGUAAUACAGUGGGCUUCCGGAUGGAUUUUUAUAGGAAAAAAAAAAUAGGCCGACAAAUGAAACUAGAAAGUAGAGAUUUCCAACAUCUCAAAAUGAUUUCUUCUGUAAUCUGUUUCCCCAUGCACUUUAAAUAAUUGUGAAACCGUGACCCAAGAAGAUGUAAAAAAAAAAAAAGAAGAAGAAGAAAGAAAGAAAGAAAGAAAGAAAGAAAGAAAGAAGAAAGAAAAAACCCACACAGCCAGUGUUAACAGUUCAUUUCAAAGCAGAAUGAAUCAUUAUGCCAGGAAGGACCCCAGUGGCUGGAUUCCGGAGAUGCUACAUUAGCAUAAAUACAUCACAGAGGAACAUAAAACGUGUUCUCUUCUGCAUUUUUCAGAGAAUGGAAAUGCCUACUUUGGCAACCCUUUUUGAAAAGUAGCAUUUAUGGAAAAAAUUAUAUUCAAUAAGGGAUUAAGAGCCUUAGAGCUAUUAAUGAAUAUUAAGGCAGUGAUUCACAAAAAUGGACUCCCCAUUGCAGUGAACUUCCAAACAGACGGCAUUUGCCCAGUCGGGGUCCAGCUAGUCUUCGGUGUGCGCGCGCUAAUGGGACUGAAGCCACAUGGGGCUCACUCAGACGCACCAGCUCACACAAAGCAUCCUGCUCCCCUCCCCAGGAGCGCCUGCAGAGCUGCCUCCAACGAAGCCUGCCACGGACGCUUUUCCUCCAAAACAUAAUGGCAUUUCAUACCGGGAAGUGACAGAGCUAUCAUUAUGCACUUGGGAGAAAAUUAAGGGCCGGCUUAAUUAAACUUAGGUAAGAAGAUUCAUUUAAGUCAUGGUCACCCCGCCAGGAAGAUAUGGUGCUAUUUUAGAAAAAAAUAAAAAAUAAAAACAACCUACAAUUUGAAUUUUAUGUGCCUGUUACUGGUUUUUACAGAAGCAUCUUGUUUUUCCAAUUUUAAAAAAUUCCUCUAUUUUUUGUCAGUAUCCUACCAAGGCAGCAGUUUGACAUUUGGUAUUAAUAUUUUCUAUAAAAGUUUAGAAGAUAUGUCAAUUUAGAAUGAGUAGUUUUCUGAAUAGCAAAAGAUACAUUUCCUAUUCUGAUAGGGAUUCAGUGGUCUAAUCCUAAAAGUCAGAAACCUUGUUGGAAAUAAAUCGGAGGAAACCUGCCUUCCUUAUUUAAAAACACGUCAUUUUAGAAAAAAACUAAAGAAAUUUCUCAUGAGCAAGUGACACUCAUUUUCGUGCUUAGUUUCAAUGCGCUUAAAAAUAAUUGAGAGAAGAAAAACGUAAUAAAAUUUUGUUUGUAAGAUGUUUUCCUUGCCAAACAUUGAUUAGCAAUGAGAUCUUAUAUGUAGGACAUAUUUCAAAUGAGCCUUGUUAUGGGCUACUCCCGGGAUGGCAAUUUAUUUUAAUACUUUCCAGUAAAAAGAAAAAAAAUGUACAUUUUAAGAUGAAAACAGAGUAUUUCCUAGUUCAUUUGACCCAUUUAUUGAUUGUUUUUAAUCGUGCUAUGGCAUGUUACGUAUUUUUGAGCACCUGAAAUUAAGCCAAUUUCAACCUCGUUUAUAAUUAUUACACUUUUCUGUUUCCCAAGUUUUGUUAUGUGUUACCAAAUGUCAAGCCUUCUAAAAUUUCAUCUUGUUCAUUCAUGAAUUUGGUCUGAGAACAUUUUCUGGGAAGAGAUAAGGGUGAGAAAUAGAACGUUAGAGACGUACCUUGCUUGCUGAAGUAUUUUAUGCACAUUAGAAUAUUAUCUUAGUAAGCUUGCCAGAUACAUCUUAAAACACAGGCUGAACUAAGUGGACAAUUUACUCACGGUGAGCCUGGGAUUGUGUUUGAGACUGUCCAAAAUACUGAUAUUGCAAGAACCCCUCUCUAAAUGCUGCACAAUUGUUGCCUUCCAAUUUUGGAAAAUUAUUGUAACUGGUCUAAAGGGCAAAACUGUGGAACAGAUAACUCCCCAGAUUAGAAGACUCUGCUUUCUUCACCUGGUACUUUGAAAUGUUCUUUCUCUGUGAAGGAUGAACAAAGCUUAGUGGUGGCUAAUCCAUGACUGGUGAUGAUCCUUAUCAAAAUUUCCUUCCCAGGAAGCCCCUUGGUUAGAAAGCAUAUACACUGUCCAGUGGGCAUUGCUCUGGGUCACGCGGGGGAGGACGGGAUGUUUCCUCCUGGGUUCUUGUUCUCAGUGAGUGGAGCCCCAUCCAUACAGGUGUCCAGGUGCCCAGGUCUCUGUGCUGCCAGUGGUGGGGGGCUCAUUCCUUGUCCUCUCAUAUUUCCCAGGCCGAAACUCAGAGACCACUUCCUGUGGAUUGCCACCUUCCCCUCUGGUCUCAGUGCCUUAAUGCAGCCUUUGUCCUUCCCCCAUACUUUUGAUGGUAAACAGCUCCCAGCUGACACCUCCACUUUUCAAAUCCCAGUCGUUCCUCCAAGAUGCAAACUUGUUCUUGUUUUUCUUGGGCUUAAAAAAUCGUUCAAUGUCUUCUGUGCCUGUGAGGUCCAAGUGACUUCCGGUGGGGUGACAGGCUGCCCGCAGCUCUCCUGUGCACACACCCCAGAGGCCUGUUCCCAGCUCUGUGACCCGGCUCCUGCUCUUUCUCCCAGUGACGUCCCCGCUCAGGGAAGUCCCCUGGAAUGCAACAGCUUCUUGACAGAGGGAAUGAGCUGGAGGGGAGAGGUGGGUGCGAAUUUCCCCAGGGAGACUUGGACUCCCUUCCCCUGCUCCCAGGGCAACAGAUGGGCCUGGCCACUCUCCCAUGCCCCCUCUUCGCCCCGGUAAGGUCUGCUCACACUUCCUCCAUGCUCUCUGGUCCAGUGCAGGCCCCUGGAGGGCAGGGCCAAGCUUCACUCAACUGUACACCCAGUGUCCACACAGAGCUGAGUGCAUUACUGAUAAUUCUGCUUUCAGUGACAGUUCAAUAAGUACCAUUAGGCGUUAGGUGCGCGUAGGGCUCUUGUGGACAAAAUGGUAACAAGUAUAAACCAUUUCUUACUUCAAAAUUUGUGAAUGCGCCCACAGAUCUGCACACCCACCGUCUCCUCUUAACAGUUACUGACAGAAAGCCAACUGAUAAGCGGUAACCCUUACCCCCUCCUGAAAUACAGCUUACUUUUCCAAAACUGAAAUUUCAGAAAGGAUAAGAUCCUUGAGAUUUGGCUGAGAGAAGGCUCUUCACUGAAAUGUGACAAGACUAAACUCAUGCCCUAACCUGUACUCCCUCCCUCAUCACGUGAGAGCUUCCUAGUACAAGACCACAUCGACGAAGCUUGUAUACGUGUUUUCUGUGCUUAGAAAAAGAGUCAACGGAAUGGUCCACUAAAACUGGAUUGUAUCAGAUUUUAUUUUGAGCCUCUUGUAGAUUAUAAUAAAGCAAACCAUUCUGUGCAUUCCAGGAAAUUGCAUUAGAUUUGUUUCGAUCAGCUCGCCAAACGAAUUUGAUAAUUUUUACUUUUAUUUUGUACGACUGCAGGAAUAGUGGGAAAAUGUGGACUUUGGAGUUGGUUUGAAGCUGGCUCUGUCACUUCCCCGCUGUGUCACCCGGGGUGAGUUACACCUACUCUCUGAACCCCAUUUUCCUCAUUUAUAAAAUGGGACAUAACACCUACUCUUACAUCGAAAAUUAAGUUAGAUUAUACGUCUAGCACAUAACAAUCAUUGCGCAUUUAUUCUGGUCACAUCUUCUAUUUAAAACAAUUUAAUAUGAAAAAACAUUUCUUGGGUUUUUCUCUGUAGUAGAAUUAUAUUAUGAUUCUUACAGGGCAUAUAAAUUACUGAUUAGAAUUAUUAUACCUGGCAAUUCUUCGUGUCUUUGGGAAUGUUAUUUUAUUUCAAUUCUCAAAGUUACUGUAACCUGCCCCCCCCCCGCUCCAUGCACACACAAAAUCACAAUUUCCUACAGGGACAUUAUCAGGAAGUUCUGCAGGGGACAAAACAAUUGACAUUAAAAAUCAGUACUCUGCAAUUGUCACUGUUAUUAUCUGCCAGAGACUCUGCAUAAUGCAUUUUAAACCGCCAAGGCUGGCUGCCACAUCCAUGUGAAAUGCUUGAAUUUUAUGGUGCUUAAAUAUUUAAUGGCUCAUAGGAAAAAAUGUGAGAUGUGUCCAAUAAAUUGCAUCCCUCUCUCUAACCUAUGGUUGUAAAGUAUAAAGAUUUUUAACCAUGUAACACUUGCAAGAUACCUGGCCUGCCAUUGUCACCUAAAUCUUGGUUGUAUUAUAAGUUAUAAUAUUGUUCAUUAUAUAUAAAAUUCUGUGAUGACCUCCAAAAA